AUGCUACGUAUUCAAAGGUGUUUUAUUCAUUCAAGUAUUAAAAGAAUAAUACCGAAACCCACUGAAGAAAUCUCUAAUGUAGAGACAUUUUUAACCAAGAUAGGUAGGAAUUCCUUAGAAUUAAAUAAAGUAUUUAAUAACAGUUGGAAUUGUAUGUUUACAAGUACUGGUAAGUUUUUGAAACAGAAAGGUGUCAAUGUUAGAGAUCGAAGAUAUUUAUUAUUACAACUGGAAAAAUUUAAAAGAAAUGAGCCACUUAUAGAAUAUAAGAGAGGGAAAAAGGGAUUUUUUGGUGGGGAAAGAAAACAGAAAGCUAAUAUAGCUAAGUUUAGAAAUACAGAUGGUAAAAAAUAA